UGCUUUUAAUCGCUCUUCUCUUCUACCACCUCGAUCCACCCACUUUCCCGACGAUGUCUCUUUUGUACAAGCCUGAGUUGCUCCAGCACUACCUGAACUUGGACCAGGGUUCCAAGGUCCAGGCUGAGUACGUUUGGAUCGAUGGUGAUGGUGGAUUGCGCUCCAAGACCACUACCGUCUCCAAGAAGGUCACGGAUAUUACUGAGCUCCGUAUCUGGGAUUUCGAUGGCUCGUCGACCAACCAGGCUCCUGGAAACAACUCCGAUGUCCUCCUCCGCCCUGUCGCCAUCUUCCCCGACCCCUUCCGCGGUGGUGACAACAUCCUUGUUCUUGCUGAGACCUGGAAUAACGACGGCACCCCGAACAAGACCAACUUCCGCAGCCACGCGAAGAAGGUCAUGGACGAGGCUAAGGACUUUGUUCCCUGGUUCGGUAUCGAGCAGGAGUACACUCUAUUUGACACCGAUGGACGCCCUUACGCCUGGCCUAAGGGUGGUUUCCCCGGUCCCCAGGGCCCAUACUACUGCGGUGCUGGAACUGGCAAGGUUGUCGCCCGUGACCUCAUUGAAGCUCACUACCGUGCUUGCCUGUACUCUGGUAUCAACAUCAGUGGUGUAAACGCCGAAGUCAUGCCUUCGCAGUGGGAGUACCAGGUCGGACCGUGUGAGGGUAUCUCCAUGGGUGACCACCUGUGGAUGUCCCGAUACCUGCUUCUCCGCAUUGCUGAGCAGUGGGGUGUCGUAGUCUCAUUCCACCCCAAGCCUUUGGCAGGCGACUGGAACGGUGCUGGAUGCCACACCAACUACUCGACCAAGGCCAUGCGUGAGGAGGGAGGAAUGAAGGCGAUUGAGGCUGCCAUCGAGAAGAUGUCGAAGAAGCACAACGAGCACAUCGCCGUCUAUGGCGAGGACAACGAGCUCCGUCUCACCGGCCGCCACGAGACCGGUCACAUCGGCGACUUCAGCUCCGGUGUCGCCAACCGUGGCGCGUCCAUCCGUAUCCCACGGGCUUGUGCUGCCCAGGGCUUCGGAUACCUCGAGGACCGUCGCCCGGCUUCCAACAUCGGUACCCGUACCGUGUCACUUCGAUCAUCGUCGAGACCACUUGCCUCGACCAGUAGACGUUUAAUGGUAGACGCUGCUUUGACUGCUCUCAUGGAUCUCGUAUUCUCGCGUAGUUUCCGCGAGAUCGGCGCCUUCAAGCUUCUUGAACUUCCUCCCGAACUUUGUCAGCUAGUCGAGUCUGCAGUCGAAGCAAGAUCUCCACUCCACCUCACGAUCAGGGGCAAUUCAACCGAAGACGCUGUGCUCUGCACCGAGGAAUCGACCUACGCCAUCCGCUCUGUCGUUCUUUCAAACACUAUCCUCGUCGUCUCGGCCGACUCGGACAAUGCAGAGACAGUGGUAAUCCAAGACGAAGUAAACGAGAUCUUGGAGCUUGCUCCGACAGUGCCGAAGACACACAGAUUAUCCUCGCUUCUCAAGGGCUGCGAGUACGAUGAUAUACACGAUUCGGAGGAGGAGCCGGCCCCCACGAAUCCUGCAUCCGUCAUGACUUAUGCGUCCGCGCGUGCGAGCAUACAAGCCAGCGACGCGGAACUCACGCGGGCCCUCCGAGCGCAACGGAUUCUCACCAUCCGCAACGAGCUGCGCCCGAUCGCUCUGUCAUACCUGAGCAGCAUCCUCGAGACGAUGCUCAAUCUCAUCAUCGCGCAGAACAUGACCCCCGCCGCGAUUCCUGCUGAGGAAGUUUCGGCGACUUUGGCCGACGAAAAUGAGAUAUCGAGGGCGGUGUCUAGUCAGGUUAUGGGUUGGUUCGGAGAGGUGCGAGACGACGGGAUGUGGACGAUGGAUGUCGAGGGCGUUGUAAAGGAGAUCGGACUGGGGGUUUUGAGGCAGCACAGGGUGGAACCCGUGGUGUCUUCCACGUUGGUCGAAAGGUGGAAGAAUGCGGUGGGAGAUACCUUCUCCGACACGGUGUCGCUGAAGUUGCUGCUCGUGGGUGUCCCGUCCCGACCCACUGCACCGCAAUCUGACGCGCACCAUCAGGGCAACUAUCUAGCAGUCGCAGGAUCUUUCGAUGAUGGCACCGAGCAGCUCAAGUAUUUCCCCUCGUCUGAGCUUCCUGUGGACGGGGCGAGUCGCUUCGUCGAUCUGUUCUUGACGCGCCCGCGGUGGAAGGCAGAAGAGAUCGGCCCGUUCUUGUCCGACAUCGCUGUGAGCAGUAAAGAUCGAGACAAGCUAUUGCUCAAGCACACACGAGCCACGACAGACAGUACAGGCGUCUGGUACACGAAAAAAUAG